AUGCGGAACACUGCGGUGGGGAGGAGGCGAGGCACGAUCGCCGGGGUGGCGGACGGGCGGCGCGGACGACGGGGAACGGCGGGGACGCGGCGGCGCCGGGCGUCGGGCGGAGGCGAGGCGCCUCGGGCGCGGGAGGCAGGCGGCGGGGACGACGGCGGCGAACGGGGGCAUGCCGGCGGCGGGAAGCGCGGCCGGGCGCGGGGCGCUGGCGGCUCGGGCGAGGCCGAUGGGCCUGGCGGGCCGCGCACGGGCCUCGGCGGGCCCAAGCGGCUGGAGGCGCGGGGCUGGGGCGACGUGGCCGCCCCUGGUUGGCUCCAGCCGGCUGGGUGGCGGCGCUGUCCAGUGGAAGUGCGCCACAAGGCAGCGGGAAGGUGGCCGGCGCCGGAUUUCGAGGAGGGAGGCGGCGGCUGGGCUGAGGAGGUGGCGGCUGGAGGCGCGGAAAACGAGGGGGAGGUUGGUGGAGGCCAAAAAUGGCAUGUGAGGGUGUAUAAAUAG